AUGGCGAAAAUUCACUGUUUGGCUGAUGUGUGUUCAGUUCCUAUUGGUACUGCUUCCCCUAGUAUUUCCGAUUUUGUAGCUGAGAUCGAAAGAAAAAUUCGUCAAAGUCACUUAAAAAGCACCCUUCAUAGCGCAGGUACAACUAUCGAAGGGCCUUGGGAUGAAGUUAUGAGCCUGAUUGGUGAAAUUCACGAGCAUGCUCAUGCUCUUGGAUAUGUCAGAGUCCACACAGAUAUUCGAGUUGGCACAAGGACUGACAAGAACCAGACAGCACAAGACAAGAUGGACGUUGUCUUGAAAAAAUUAGGUGCUUAA